AUGCAAGUUCAAAAUUUGUGUCAAAUUUGUUACGAAUAGACUGAAAUAUCAUUGUUGGAAUGUAAUUGCAAAGUGUGUCUAUAAUGUAUUAAACAUUAUACAAAAGUAUAUGAAUUAUUUUUAAUUAGAUAAAAAUAGAAGAAUUUUGGACAUCUGAUGGUACACAUUUAAACAUUGAUUGUCCAGGUGGAUGUAAGUAAACUCUUUAUUUUGAUUCUAUCCAACAAUUAGCCAUCUAAAAUUCUUUCAUUUAAGAUAUUCAUGAAUAAUUAUUUAAAAGCUAUUGUAGAAAAUCUAUAGAUGUGUAAUAAUGUCCAAAUAAUAAUUGUGAAUUCUAUUAUUUAAAACCUUGUAAGGCUAAAUGUGUUGAUAUUUGUGAAAUCUGUUAAACUCGAUUAGAAAAUUAUGAAUAGAUUUCAUAUAAAACACUAUUGAAUGAAAUUACUGAAUUUAUUACUACAUAUUAAUGUCCUAGAUGUGAAGUUAAAAUUACUAAAAACGGUGGUUGUUCACAUAUGACAUGUUAAGUUUGUAAAUUUGAAUUUUGUUGGGAUUGUAAAUAAAAUUGCAAAGACCAUGAUUGGAGUAUUUGUAUAUAUAAUAAUAUAUUUACACUAAUCAUCAAAUACUAACUUCUUUAUACCUUAUUGAUUUCUAUAGGUUUCGAUGUCUAUUUAUUAUAAAUAUUUGGAUAUGUAUUUUCAAUAACAUACUUGUACAUUAUUAUUACUAAUAAUUUAGAUUUAUACUAAAUAAUUCAAUCCUAUUAUUAUCUGGAUUGAUGUUAAUUUAAUUGAAGAAAUUAAAUGAGAAAUAUGAGAAAAUCACAUAUCAUAGAGUCAUAGUUGGAUCAAUAACUUUAACUAUACUCAUUUUUAUUUCCUACUUUAUUUUAGAACAAUCUCUUAUAGACUUUAUUUACUAUAUAAUUAAGGAAAUUUUAUAUGCAAUAAUCAUUACAAUUAUUACUACUAUUUUGAAUUAGUUUUACAAAUAGAAAAUUAAGUUUAAUUGA